CUCUAAUUUUAACACGUGCGGUUGGAAAUAGAAGGAAAACAUGGGACGCGGUAAAAAGAAGGUGCAUCCAAAAACACGUACUGCUGCUUUUAAAGCCAGUGAACCGAGCGAAAUAGUAGAGGCACCCCAUUCAUUCGUUAUCCACCGAGGACUGACAUGCCCGUACAUCACAGACCUCACCCUCGACUUUCGGCGCAUCAUGGAGCCGUUCACGGCGACCAAUCUGCGCGAGAAACGGAUGAACCGCAUCAAGGACUUUGUCAGUCUGAGCAGCUUCUUCCACGUUUCACACAUGGGAAUCUUCAACAAGGCAUCCACGCAGCUGUCCUUUAAAGUGGUCCGACUUCCGCGAGGUCCUUCAUUGACGUUUAAGGUCCAUCAGUUCACGUUAGCCAGGGAUGUGAUUUCCCUAAGCAAAAGGCAGAUGAUCGACCCCGAUCACUUCAAACAUGCUCCCCUCGUGAUCAUGAACAAUUUCAGUGGCGACGGAAAGCAUUUGAAGUUGAUGGCCACCACCUUUCAGAAUAUGUUUCCAUCGAUCAACCUAGCGCAGGUCAAUAUCGGUACUAUCCGGCGGUGCGUGCUGUUUUCCUACAACCCGGACACGAAGCUAGUCGAGAUGCGUCAUUAUUCGGUGCAGGUGGUACCUGUGGGCCUGAAACGUUCCGUCCAAAAGAUCCUCAAGGGCACUGUCCCUAACUUGGGAAAGUGCAACGAAGUUGUGGAUUUUGUUACCAAAGAUGGAUAUGCAUCCGAAUCCGAGGCAGAGGAUGACGAGCAGUCGCAUGUGGUAUUGGCACAAACUUUGAAGAGCAAAGGAAACUUGGAGGACAACAAGAGCUCCAUCAAGUUGCACGAAAUCGGACCCCGUCUAACGAUGCAGCUGAUUAAAAUAGAAGAGGGACUUCUCACUGGCGAAGUACUCUACCACGACCAUGUGGUCAAGACCGAAGACGAAAAGGAAACGCUGAGAAAGCUGGUCGAAAAGAAGAAGAAGCUAAAGGAGCAGCGCAAGAAGGAGCAAGCCGAGAAUCGGGCUAGGAACUUGAAGCUCAAGAAGGACGAAAAAUGGGCCGCCAAAAAGGCGGAGGAAGGGGGCGACAGCGACCCCGAGGAUGAUGCCGAAUACUAUAAAGAGGAAGUGGGCGAGGAGCCAGAUGAGGAACUUUUCAAAACGGAAGCCAAAUCCUCUCGCAAGCGACCCAAACUGCCCGGCGGCAUGAAGUUCAAGAAUAAACGCGCCAAGCUUGAUCCUAAAAACAAGAAGACCAAGACAGACUACCAGAGGAAAAGUAGAAAAUCAAAGUAGAGUUUUAAAUAUAUUAACUAUUUUAUAAACACUUUGCGACAAUCUUAAUAAGAC